UGUUUGGGCCAUGACCUCAUGUGUUUUGUGCGUUGCUCUAGUGAACACGGUAGCAACUCGGAAGAGAUCACGUUGCAAAUAAGGUGCUGGACGUGCCAAAGUGAAGACUAUGUGUUCAUUUUUGCAGGUCAAGGUUUACAGCGACGUUGCCAUAGCAGUGUGUCUAACUAUAUAUAGAUGCAAGCUUAGGACGGGCGAGCAAAUAGACAGCAGCUUUUCGAUUAAUUACUAUAUUGCGUUAGUUAGUUGUUAGAUAUACUGGUUUGACAUGUCGUCGUGCUUUUUGUGCUCUACACCACUUGAUACUACUACCUUGUGGAGCAAGAGAAAACGGUUGGAUGGACGUAGUCUCACUGAUGCUCGACAUACUUUAGAAGUUAUGCUUCAAGAACACUCGGGCCUUCCACUGUCUUCGUACUUGCCACCUGCUGGUCCAGCUUAUGUGUGUCACUACUGUCAAAAAGAUUUGAAGAAACUAAGUGAACUUCAUCUGCUGAAGGUUAAGAUAAAACAACAUUUGGCACACUUGCCUGUCUAUGUAUGUGGUACAGCUUCAAAGAGGCAACGACUUGAAGUACCUGGGGAUGAAGAUGGAGAUGAAAUGACAGGUAGCCAACCAGAAAUGCUUCAACAGAGGAUCCAAAAAGUGUCUCCAAAAGUAAAGGUGGUUGUAAAAUACAAGUCUGGAAUGAGAGCAUACAACCUUGCUUCUCCAAGAAGAAAGCAGGCAGUAAAGAGAUGUGUUCGCGGGAAUUUGUUCUCGGUGUUUUCUUGUUUGCAACCCCUAAUGGUCUGCAUAUCACACAAAGGUACUCUUAAAAUUUUGGAUAGAAUCAGUGACAACUUUGAUUCCGAAGUGAAAUCAUGGUCAGAAAACUUAAAGCAUCACUUUCCAACAGAAAUGAGGAUCAUUGGUGUGGCCAAGUCAAGUGAAUUAGCCCAGUCUUCUUUGUCUAGCAACCAGUCAGAAUACAGACUAGACACUUUUUUACCCUUGUAUGGGAAGCUCAUGUGGUGUCAGCAGCACAGUCUGUAAAAUCAACACAAGGGGAAGAAGAGACCUUAGCACCCUUAUGCAGAAAAGUCAUGGAUUCUUUUGUGUUGCUGUCAUCCUUACUAGCACAGAGGGAACAUUCUACUGCUUUCGAUGCAGUCCAUGUUUAUGCACUUGACAUCCUGAAUCUUGGCCUCAUCUACAAGGGUUUUCAUGACGCAGUCAAAGAGGGGGAUGGUGAUAGAGUGAUACGAUACUGGAAAGUGCUCAUGGUGCUAUUUAAAGAAACCGGUAAACGAAAUUAUAGCAAGGAGGCAUUUCUGCUAAUCCUCCAACUUCACUCGUUAUCUGAAAGAGCAGCCACAGAAGUAAAAUGGAGCCGGUUUGUAAAUAGAAGGGGCCAAAUUGGAUGCAACAUACCUUGCGAUUUGGCGAUGGAACACCUAAACAGACGGCUGAAGGGUAUCAUCCGUAAUAUGGGAGCUAAUGUUGUCCCUUCAGCAUUAGCUCGUGCAGCAAAAUCAAUAGGUAGUGUAGACUGUGUGUGCGACUUGUUCGAACAGUCGGUUAUGGCUCAGCAGACAUCUAGCAAACACACCAUCGCUCAAGACAGCAAAGACUUUCAGCUAGUGCUGCAAAUAUUAAAUGAGAAAAAAAUAUUCAAGGAAGAGAUUGGAAGGCAUCAUAGCCGCUUUCGAUACUCAUGCACCCUCCUGGAACAAAGCAGGAAAGAAACUCUUUGCACAUGGCUACAGAAGUUGCUGCAAGAGCACAUUGGUUUCGUACCUGAGGAUGACGACAAUGAUGAUGAUGAUGAUGAUGUAGAUGUACAUUUUAAUGACACCGAGUGAACCUAAAGUAUUAUUGUUAUUAUGUGCUAUGUAUGAAUUUGUAAGCAUGAAAACUCUAGACUAGCUAUGUAUGGACUACCAUAUAUGAGCUGUACGUAUAUCUAUGAAUUAAUACAUGAAGAUCAUGCAGUAUACGCAUGCAGUGUUGAUCGUUACGUAAAGGUUACUCAGGGCCAGGCAGAUAUCAUAUAAUGUAAGUAGUAGAGACUUGCGUGUUCCAUAGAUGUCUGACA